GCGGACGUGUCUGUCAACUGGUGGUGGCCUGGUAUUACUGCUGUGACUUUUGUACUUGUGUUAUGUACGUGCGACCUAACCCGUGUAGGGACAUUUCAUGUUAAGUACAGAUCAAAAUACGGGGCUGUUAGUUGAAGUUAGUUACGAGGUAGCGCUUUACCUAUACAGAACCUUUCCUACUUGGAGUGUACACCAACAUACAUCUCGCUAUGUCGACGGGAACGCCAAGCGACAACGAGGAGCUGAAUGACACGACCGCGGAAACUAUCGAGACCGAUCAGGAGAGCACGACUGCCGACAACGUCGAGACAAGUUCACCGGGCCAAGGUGCGACCUCUCCCGAGAACCGAACUCGACGGCGCCGCCGCAAGCGGGCCAGCUGGGGCGAGAAAGAGGCCAAGCCGAAACCCGAGCAGAGGAACGCCGCUAACGCUCGGGAGAGAUCCCGAAUGCGGACGAUGAGCAAGGCGUUUGUGACGCUGAAAACCACGUUGCCAUGGGUUCCCCCAGACACCAAACUUUCCAAACUGGACACUUUACGGCUGGCGGCUUCGUACAUAGCGCACCUCAGACAGGUUCUACAACAGGACAAGGUCGAGAACAACAGUCUGCACCCAGUCAACCUGACCUGGCCGUUUGCUAUCAAUUCCAAAAUGCAAGACAGUCGGGAACUCCAGAGACCGGCCGCCACCGGUUCCACCAGAACUGAAACACUGAGGUAGCAACUUGUGUGCACGCGUCAUCAUUUCCUGAGCACGAGCACGUGAAAUAGAAAAAAAGACGUGAAUUGACGGACAACUUGACAUUGAGAGGCAAGGUUCUCUGGAUUUUUCUGUUGCACUAUAUGAAGAAAGAUGUAUGCAAGUGUCUGGGGAACAUAUACCAAUAUCUUACUUUUAAGAUCUGGUAACAACCUUGUGCAGAAUGAUGGCUGCAAACCAAUGGAAAUAUCUGAGAUAUGCCUUUAAAUGGAUUUUUUUCGAUUGCUAGAUAAAUACAGUGGUAACAAAACAAUGUAUCGUUAAUGACCUUUUUAAGAGUACAAAAUAAUAUUUGAUGUGUUAGGUCGAAAUGUGAAGGCUGAUGUGAUGGAUUGAAUGUAAAUGCUGCAAAGUGUAUAAAUGUUUGUGCCUUUUCAUUUUGUUGAAAAAUACGAAGACUUUUGGAGUGAUGUAUUGUGCCUUAUUGACGUAAAUCGGAUCAGCAACAGUAGUGUCAGAAGCUCAACAAUAUGCUCCGUAAGAAGUCUGCAUUGCAUCGUUUACAGGGUUGGCAUAUACAGGUCUGAAAGGCAUCUGUCAUGCAGUGCCGUGUUUGUGGUGAAAGAUACAAGUAAAUCAUAUUGUUAGUGCAAAAACACAGAACGUUUUGGAAUGUAAUUUUUAACAACCUUUAGUAAUGGGUUCACGGAAAACCUUGCGUAUUGCACCUUGCUUUAGGAGACAUGAAGAUUUAAGGUUUGUGAUAAAGUUUCUGUGUGUUUGUUGUGUUCACCGACGAAAAAAGUAACGUUGAACCAAUUAGGAACCUGGUUGUUUGUACCUUGCUUUUCUUUGGGAACAUGUUCAGUCCAGUUAGAAUACGUACUACACUACAUAAUACAAACAGAACACAACUAGAUACCCCCGCCGGGAUGAAACCGCCUACAAUCAUACACAGAAAGUGUAUAGAACGACGCUUCAUUAUUUAAAAAAAAAAAGACAAUACAACAUGAAUUUUGGUGAUGUUGGUUGGUAAGUGCCUGGAGAGGAAGUUCACGUUGAACAGAUGCAAAACUGUUGUUUCCCCGACACCGCCAUGUGAUACGAGAGCUGGUAAACGUUUCUCCGCCCAGUAAGAGUCAGAACAUCUAACACUCUCCAGGACGGCAGGCGAUGGCGGCGGAGAUCCCGGAUUACCUCUGCACAAACCUGGCACGGACUCACGCCAUUCCUCGGGAUCCUGUUCCCGUCAUUCUGGGAUCUAGGCGGUGGGAGAUUGUAACAUUAUCGUGCGAAGGACAACAAAGAUGACCCAUUCUGAGAUCUUAGGCAACUAGUUAACAACGCGUACUGCAACGUAACAGGGGCGCUCUGUACCCUCACCUAGUCCAAGUGGAUAUCAAAACAGGGACCAGCGUUAGGCUUCAGAAAACUAGAGGCUGAACUGUUUCAUUCCUUACUUGCUUUUAUUGGUGCAUGAAAAUCUCCGUGAAUUUCUCUGUGAGAGGCCAGGUACUUGCUUAUCUGUUGAACUGUGCAACUCAGUUACUCUGUAUCCACAUGUGAUGGUACGUGCCUGCUACAGUGCGCGUAUUGUUGUACGGCAACAACAAACAGUAUGAGCUCAAUGUAGUCAUAGUUCCAUAAUGAGAGGUCAUUGCCAAAUACAUAUCUAACUCGCUCUCAAGUUGACAUAUCACAAUAUCAAAGAUUACAGAAUGUCCUUAAGUACAAUACAUGUCUGUUAUGGAGAGACGUCUGUUCUGGUGUUAUCAAGUUAAUGGUACAUAAGUGACGUUUGUUUGUUUGUCAAUCAUAAAAUCCAUCGAGAGGUCACAGUACCGUAACAGACAUUUCAGUCUCAUCACAGCUGACGUCACAGCUCGGAAACGCCCGGGGAUUAAUUGCGGACAUUUGUAUAUCCCUUCGAUAAUACGUGUCUAUUCUAUGUUACUUUACGUCAUUUAUGCUUGUUUGCAUAUGGUUUCUGAAUCGCGGAUU